AUACACAGGCACUUGGAUCAACAUGAAGUGAAAUACUUGCAAUUUGCGUUCCGUUGGAUGAAUAACUUGCUGAUGAGAGAAGUUCCCCUGCGGUGUACCAUAAGACUAUGGGACACUUACCAGUCUGAACCAGAAGGUUUUUCACACUUCCACUUGUAUGUGUGUGCCGCCUUCCUUGUCAAAUGGAGGAAAGAGAUUCUUGAAGAAAAAGACUUCCAAGAAUUGCUGAUAUUUCUACAGAAUUUGCCCACAAUGCACUGGGGAGAUGAAGAUAUUAGUGUUCUUCUAGCAGAAGCCUACAGACUGAAGUUUGCUUUUGCAGAUGCCCCCAAUCAUUAUAAAAAAUGAGUGUAGGAAAUCAGAAGCUCUAAGUUCAAUUUGUUCCACAGUAUUAUGGCUUUCAUUAUUCUGGUUUGCACUUUCAUACAAUUACUAAUACUUGCAUUUGAAAACAAAAAGAUACCUUUAGGAUUCUCUGAGAAUUUACACAAUGAGAACGGAAUACCAAAGAAAUGGACAGAGCAGGAUACGAAGCAUUAUAGAACUGGAAAAAUGAACUUCCAUGCUCAAUGCACAAAAAUGAAAUAAGUUCAAUUUGUUUUGUAGCGUUUUGUCUUUUUUUUCUUUAGCAAUUAAGACAUUUAUUGUAUGAAUGUGGAAAAUAUGUUAUGUUCUUUUGUUUAGUGACUGUUAUGCAACUGUGAGCUUUAAAGUCUCUUAUGGGGAAUAUUGUGAGAUAGUAUAAUUAUUCCUAUGUAACCCAUACUAGUCUUUGGUAUCUUUACUAGCCAAUAUUUGUCUAUAAAAUAAAUUGUUUAAUCUGAGUAGAAAAGGGGGCAAAUCAUAAUUAUGAAGGCUGUUUAGGGAUGGUAGGCCCCACAAUCUUUUUAAAUUUUGAAAUUGAUAUCACAUUUAUAUUUCUUACAGUGAACCAAAUUAUGAAAAUUCUAAUAAAACCACACAGUAUAUGGCAAGCACUAAAGGUUGUCACAGAGGUCUUGUGCCCUCCUUAAUCCCUAUGCUAAAGAAUUAAUUGAAUCUUAAGGAUUCAUUCCCAAAACUCAAAAAGAAACUCUCCUUGCAAGCAUUACAUUUUGGAAUAUUUCUCAAAUGCACUGAAUAAAUAGGAGAUAUACUUUUGUUAUGGGAAGUUAAUGCAUAAUUUAAAAAGUUAGCUUAAUUAUUUGUGAGCAUGAAAGUUCAUUUUAAAGGAAUGUCUGUUCUACGGCUUAGUUUACAAAGCAAAAUGUGUUUUAAUCUAUUUUUUGCCUUAUUCUUUUCAUCUGACAUGUUAAAAUGGAGGGAGUGGUGGGCAGGGAGGGAAGGGGGAGAAUACAUCUGUCCUUCUACUCAUCUGUAAAAUAACUUUAGUAAACUAUUUUCUAAUCAUUGUGCAGGGGAAGUGAGAAGAAAGUUCCUGUUAACUUUAAUGAUAGUUGUAUGCCCGAAACACCUCUUGCAUCACUGGAGAAAUAAAAAAUCCCCUAUCACUUCCUAGAAUUCAGUUAGUGGGGUUUUUUUAAUUGUUUUUACUCCCUUAAUUUACUAUAAGUGGAAUAAUUAUUUUCAGAACAUGCUAAAGGAUAAGAAUUCUGCCAUGAUUUUUUGUGUGUAUAUGAACUCAUUUUGAUUUUGUGCCUACCUUAUUUAUAGGUUCCUGAAGUAGUGAUUUGCAAGAGCCAAUAUACUAGGAGGUCAAAGCUGCUUUUUAACACACUUCCAGAAUGAAUCAUACAGUGUUGGUAUCAUAAGUAUAGAAAGUAGUACUACGCUUUUUGUUUUAUGUCUUCGAGAGGAUUUAUGUUAAGAUAUUAUGAUAGAAGGUUAUUCACAAGCCUUGCAAAAUAUUUACCCACCCAUUUUGGUUUGAUUUCUUUUGGAGGUCCUUGGUUCUUGACUAAUAGGUAUAUCAAGAUAAAUAAAAUAACAAUAAUUCAUACCAAUUUGUGCUGUUAUUUAGGGUUUGUCAUUUUUAAAUGUCAUGGAACUGCGGAUGGAUGGGAGGAAACUAACCUGAACAAUUCCUAAACCAGAAGGUUUGUUUUCCAAGGUAUAGUUGUAUUUCAUUGAAAUCAGUGGAAUUGUUCGAUUCAGCAGAAGCAGGCUCAAACUACUUGGGUCACUGUGUGCGUGCAGUACAUAGUGGAUAAGAACAUCUUAAAUGUAGUACCAAAAUCUUAGUUUAACUUUAACUUUAAUUAAUGAUUUGAUGUUUCAUGGUUUCUCAUUAAGUUUACAAAUAACUUCUUAUUGUGCCUAAUGGAAUAUCUGAUAGUAACAAAAUACGUGAAGCCUGAAAUAUAUGUGACCAUUUGCUAUAGUUAAAUAUAAGUAUCUAUAAAAAUAUCUGUUAAUAGAAAUGCGUAUUGUAACUAACAAAGGAGACAAAGAACAUGCAGCAUUAAACAUAUAAUGUUUUGUCUUGUUUUGUAAUUAACUAUUUUAUGGAGACGAGGUAAUAUGUAAAGUUGAUCCGAAGUGGUCUGCUGUGUCAGAUGCUACUAUGUAACAUUUAUGAGGCUGCAUAUAUAUUUUUAAUUUUUUUUCAGAACGCCCACUUGGCUUGACUGCCACGUCUUCCAAAUUCAAAUAAUACAUAUCACUUCCAAUUAAAGGAAGUGCUAUCAUGGUCCCAAAAGAGACAUGUUGUGUCCAUGUCAAAAAUGAAAAAAAAAAUUAGUACAUUGCUUUAAAUAUAUGAGGAGUUUCCUAAUGUACUGAUUAUAUAUAGUUAUAUAUAUAGGAUAUUUUUCAGUAAAUAGGAGUCCAGUGUAUUUUUGUGUGAAAUUUCCCAAUCCUCUAAAAUUUAACGUUUAACUUUUAAUUGUAUAAAGUUAAUUAUCGUUGCAUUUUAAUAGUUAUGCAUCUCAGGUAAAAUGCCAUUUAAACCAAAACAUUACAUAUAAAGAGAAAAUAACUGUCAUUUUACAUCCAUAGACUUAUUUUUUCACAAUUAAGAAUAAAAAUAUUAUGAAAAUAGUAUGUAUUUUCUUAUGGAUCAGUAUUUUUAAACAAACAGGAAGCAUCUUGACACAUCAUUAGUGAGUCCAAUCUGUAAUUUCAUAGAAUUGGUAUGAAAAUACUGAAGUUUGUUUUAUCUAAAAUGCAGUGUGUUAAAUAAUGUUAUGUAACAAAAAUGAAAAUAAAAGUGUACAAAAUAGAAAAACAGAUUUAUGAUUAUAGUAUUUGCAUAGAAGUGUAAAUAUUAAAUUAAUCAAAUAUGUAAAUAUACACAGGAGAACACAAGACCCUGAUUUUAAAAUCUUACAUUCAUCUUUAAUACAUUAUAAUAUAUUAGGUUACAAUUGUUCUUUGGCUUAAUUUCAUAUGGAAAAGCCCAUGGAUUUGUAUUUAACUUCAGAUUCAUAAAAUAAAAUAUAAGUAGACAAAGUUUAGUUGUAUGUUUAUGACAGAUAUUAACACCAGGAUCAUUGUUUCAGGAGACACUGUAAAGUUGAUUAAAGAUAAUGAAAUAAAUACAUAUUUAU